AUGAAAAUGCUCUAAAAGGAGAGAGUUUCUGAUUCUCAAAAAUUUCUUUCAAACUAUUAAUAUCAACAUAGCUAUAGCGAAUACAUUUUUUUGUAAGGUAAUUUAGAACUUUUUGAUAAGCAAUGGAAACUAAAUGCUGUGAGAAAUGACAUUAAGAAUAUUACAAAUAUACUUCAAUAAAUAGUCUAGCAUAACUUUAAUAAAAUUAAUUAUUCAGCAAAUGUUUCCAAAGAAAAUAUAGAUAUACUUAUUAAGAAAGUAUCAAAUUAGGAGAAUAUUAUCAAUUUUUUUAGAUUUCUAAUUAAACUUACAAGUUUAGAUGACAGAUUUAUCUAAAGUGGAUCGAAUUCUCUUCAUUUACUAGUUGAAAUGAAGGUUGACUUGAGGGGAUAAUCGUUUAUAAAUAUUAGAAUUAGAAAUACUUCACUCUAUGGAGCAAACUUAGUGAGAUGUGACUUAAGUCUAUCUGAAUUUGAUAAUGUCAUUAUAAGUGGAAUGAAUUUGAACGGAGCCAAAUUAUUUAAUUGCAAGUGGAGGAACUUAGGUUUACAUGAGGGAAUUGAGUUAAAUGGUCAUGAGGGUGAAAUCAAUUAAGUUUGCUUUUCUUCAGAUGGUAAGUCACUAGCUUCUUGUAGUGAUGAUACCACAAUUAGGUUAUGGGAUGUAAAAACAGGAAAAAUAAGGACUGUACUAAAAGGAGAAAGUGAGGUAAGUUCUGUAUGUUUUUCAUUUAAUGGUACUAUAUUAGCUUCGAGGUGUGGCAAAUAUGUGUAUUUAUGGAAUCUUAAAACUGAAAAAUAUAUAUGGAAGUUAAAUGGUCAUUCAAGUACAAAAUUUUAAGUUUGUUUCUCUCCUGAUAGUACUAUAUUAGCAUUUGAUAAUGGUAAUAAUUCUAUCUGUUUAUGGGAUGUUAAGACAGGAUAAUAAAAAGCCAAAUUAGAUGGUCAUUCAAAUACUUGUUAAGUUUGUUUUUCUCCUAAUGGUACUACAUUAGCAUCUGGUAAUGAUGAUAACUCUAUCUAUUUAUGGGAUGUUAAGACAGGAUAAUAAAAAGCCAAAUUAGAUGGUCAUUCAAGUCAAGUUUAUUCAGUCUGUUUCUCUCCUGAUGGAACUAUAUUAGCAUCUGGUAGUAACGAUUAGUCUAUCCGCUUAUGGGAUGUUAAGACAGGAUAAGAAAAAGCAAAAUUAGAUGGUCAUUCAUUUCAGGUUAAAUCUAUCUGUUUCUCUCCAGAUGGUAGUACACUAGCAUCUGGUAGUUAUGGUGAUUCUAUUCGUUUAUGGGAUAUCUAGACAGGAAAAAAAAAGCCAAAUUUUCUGAUCAACUCAUGA